AGUGCCUAGUUCACCGCCACCAUCGUUUUGAAAUAUCGCCAUGGCCAACAUUUGGAUCGCCGCCAGCGACGGCAACAUCGAAGCGGUCACAGCAUACCUCCAGAGCGGAACGACCGUAAACGCGCAGGACGAGAAUGGCUACACUCCCUUGCAAGCUGCCGUGAGUUACAACCACCCGGAAUUGGUGCAGGUGUUGUUGGGAGCUGGCGCAUCCGCGACGCUCGGUGACUUUGACAAUGAAACGCCACUGCACUUUUGCGAAAGCGUCGAGAUUGCCAAGAUUCUGCUUCGCCACGGUGCCGACAUCAAUGCGAAGAAUGCUGACAUGCGCACGCCCCUCGACUCUGCGAUGGAUGACGAAAACGAGGAGCUCGUCGCGUUCUACGAAGCAAACGGGGCUGUGAGCUCGGGCAUCGUGUCCGAAGAAGCUGCGUCGCUGGCACAACUCCAAGCGAUGAUGGAAGCACAGGAACAGAUCGACCGAGAACAUGUCGCGGAUAUGGAAUGAUAUGUAAUUUACAACUGUCAGCAAAUAUGCAUCGCCCUUGAAUAAUACCAUCUCUACUUAGUUCGAUCCUGCCAGCUCGAAUAAGCCUUUCAGCGGCCCGUCGAGCUGUACACAAGGCACAAAAUUCAUCGAGCAUGGCGGCACGGAGACUUGAAGUGACUGCCAGCAAGAGAAUGGCCAGUCGCACCGAUGGCGGCCUGCACUCCGAGUUCCUCUAAUCUAGCUUCAGCUCUACGUUCCAUACACGCAACACAUGCAUCAAAACCACUCAGCAAGAAUCGAUCUACAUAGGUGAUUCAGGCUCAUUAUAUCAUUUUUGUAUCAUCG